GUAAAAGACUGCGGGUUGGAAACCCUAAUAAGUAAUCCCCAUGUUCGUUCAGUCUCCUGAAUCUCGCAUUUGGUGUAACUUCCAGCGGUAUUUGUGCUUACCCUCAAUCUCGACAAAUGGCGAAAUCGAAAAACCACACAGCCCACAACCAGUCUUACAAGGCUCACAAGAACGGGAUAAAAAAACCCAGAAGACACAGACAUACUUCGACUAAAGGGAUGGAUCCGAAAUUCCUGAGGAACCAGAGGUAUGCGAGGAAGGACAACAAUACGAAUGGUGGAUCUGACGCCAGCCAGGAAUAGACCCUGACCCCACUUUCUGCUUCCAUGGAAAUUGGUUUCCUUGAUGUCUUUAUAUCAGAGCAUCAAUUUUUUUUUUCAAUGGCGUUUUCUGGUGCGACUGAAUUAUGUGAUAACUUGAUGAAUCUUACAUGAUACGUUCCUGUUUCUCU